GCCGCAGCGGAGCCGCCGGGGAGGGAGGAUGAAGAUGCAAGCCGAGGUGAUCCGCGAGGGCGAGCUGGAGAAGCGGAGCGACAGCCUUUUCCAGCUGUGGAAGAAGAAGCUGGUGGUGCUGACCAAGGACAGCCUCAGCCUCUUCCCCGACGGGCACAAGCGGGCCAAGGGCAAGGAGCUGGGCUUCGGCUCCAUCCUCAAGGUGGACUGCGUGGAGCGCACGGGCAAGUACAUCUACUUCACCAUCGUCACCAAGGACCGCAAGGAGAUUGACUUUCGGUGCCCGGACCAGAGCUGCUGGAACGCCUCCAUCACCAUGGCCCUCAUCGACUUCCAGAACAAGCGGGCCAUCCAGGACUUCAAGAGCCGCCAGGAGAUGGAGCAGGCGGCGGGCGCCCAGGAGCGGCGGCUGGCCCGGGCGCCCUGAGC